CGCAAACGCUCUGGCUCUUGAUCCACAUCUCUGUUAAGUUUAUCGCUGUUUAUUGCCUCCCAUGCGGCAAGUCUGCCCCACGGGGACUGCCUUAACCAAAAAGUUCAAGGAUAAACAAGGUGUGUCCGAUUCCUCUGGUUUUCCUCUCGUUCGUUUCUCGUCCUGGAAGGUUCCUUUAGGCGACUGGACUCACUCACUGCGUAUCAUUCCCUCCCAUUCAGAGAAUCGGUUGAGGUCAGAAAUGUCGUAUUCGCACGGCGUUGCGCGGUGGCGUGUGUGGUGGACUUAAAAAAAGGAUUUCCUCUCUGUUCUCCGUAACUUUUUAUUCACGCAUUCUCGCUUCUCAUAGGUGUCACAUUCAUGUUUCAAUUGGAAACCUGGAUAAGGUAAGCUGUUACUGCAUCGACGUUUCAGGCACUAUUCGUAAACCGUCGUUCCACUUGUGUUGUAACCCGUAAUCCCACUUCUGUUUUCGAGAUUCCUUCGUAUAGACUGGUCGUGCUGAAGGCGGUCUGCGAGUCAAUUGCCUCCUAAAACAGAGGUUUGUCGCAUUUUGUUCACCUACCGUCUUCUUCCAUGCCAGGCUUUUUAGAACACGGCGCCGCGAUGGAGGCAGGAGACCCCAGGAGAAGCGUUCCGACCAGUAAAGAGGAGAGCAGAAUCCAUUGGUCGAAUCCGAUGCUUUCAGAGGCAAGCUCUUCGUCUGGAGCGCAAUCCAGAUCUUUUCCGAAUGUCCCUUCUUCCAUAUCUCUCUCUUCGUCUUCAUUAUCAAGCAACAGGCCAACGGAGGGCCGAGAACAUGGAGGAGUGUCACGGGUGGAGAGCACUGCUCCCGCUGGGAGCAGAGUGGGUGCAGGGGUGCCAGGGGAAGGCUCAGAUGCGUCUUUGUUUACUGAGACAGGUACGAGAAAGGACAAGAAGGAUCUUCCAUGCAUGAGCCAAUUUUCCUGUCGAGAGGCAGGCGAAUGCCGAGAAAUUUCUACAGCCGACCGCAUUCCCUGUCCGGUCGACCCUCGGCACUCUAUCUACUUGAGCAGAGUAUCUGCCCAUGUAAGGAAAUGCACGAAAAUCCGAGAUAUGGCCUACGCACAUCUGCUUCCCUUCGUUCUUCCUGGAUGUAACUGCGGCGAGCAGAUACAGGAAAACGCACAAUGCGAGUCGAGACAACAAGCGGACGCUCAGCUUGGGACGCCCUCUUCGUCACCUCCACCCCCAGGUGAAAAGGUACCCUUUUGCUCUCCAGCCUGUGCGUCGUCUUCCUCUUUGCUUCCUUUUGACAUUGACGAGUUGCACCAAAAGGUUUUCCAGGCAGUGAAACAGUGCUGUGAGGAGGUUUCCCUUCCGCUCUCCGUCAUUCUGCCACCGUCGCCGGAAGAAGCCGAAGAGGCCAGCAACGAGAUGGGGAAGGAAGGUGAGAGAAACGGGUGCAACCCUGCGGCUGAGCUGCUUCGGGCAGCUGCAGGAUCCGAGGACUUGCCUCUUCCCGAAGUUGAACAAGCAAAAGAAACCGGACGCGACGGCUCUCUUGGUUCCGCCGCGCGGGACAGGACACACGCUGACUCCGACACAGAAGAAGAGAAGCGGGCUUCCAUUCUGGUAGACUGCAUAGCGCGCGCCAGCAAGGCAGCUGCUCAGCACCGUCAACGUCAGCGACAAGGCCCAGCAGGCGAUCAAGCAGACUCCCAAGGGGAAGCCAGCUCCCCAGCAGGCGUGUUUCCCUUGGCCGCUUCCGCGUCUUCUUUUCAGUCUCUCGGGAUGUCACCGUUGGAAUGGCUCAGGAAGGUGGUGACAUUCAUGGACAAGCAUGAUGUACAAAAUGCUCAACUCGUUGCCCUUUGCGCCCUCGCCGGGUUUCUCCCCACGAGUCAGGAGGCCCUCAAGGGUCUCGUCGUUGUGGAACUUGGAGCCGGGAAGGCAGCACUCACUCGGUGGCUUGCCACCUGGACCGCGUCAGCGUUUGCGGAUACAGCAAGGACCAGAUUCGUAGGAACGAAGAAAGAUCAAGGCAGCAAUUCAGGAAAAGAAUGCCAGAUAGAGGCCCGCCACUCACCAGAAGCCGAAUGCACCGCCACAGGUGAAGACAUGUCUCCGAAGGUGAACCUAGAUGUCUCCGUGCAACCCAAGGAACCAGGCAGUGAAACGAAUGUGGUCGGUGUCAGAUUCGUAGUUGUCGAACGGGAAGCGCGAAGAAAUGCGAAGGAGUUAAAGGAUGAGCAAAUGCAGUCGAUGAGCAGCACCCGGAUUCGCAGCGAAAACCACUUCAAAAAGCGGAAACAAGACCAUGCUACGGACCGUGUACUAGCGUCUGAAGGCGAGAGACAUGGGAAUGAGGCUUUUGGCCAUCAGGCCCCGCGCUUCGUCCGCCAUGUCAUCCGCUUGCGGAUUGACAUUUCUGACUUUGACUUGGGCGCAAUGCUUCGAUACAUGAAUUUGGGAGACUCUCACGCCCUUAGACAGCCCCACGUACCUUCAUUCUUCAAACUACUCCGCCAGCAUAACUGCCGCCUGUUUCCGCGGCGGCCCAGUCCCUUACGGCAGACGACUGCCUCCGAUUCGUCUUGGCCCGAAGACGAAGCAACCCAGACAAAUGGAUGCAACAACAGAUGCGAGCAGAUUUCGAGGAACAGAAAUACCGAUUCUUCCAAAAGCAAUGAAAUGGUCCCCGAGGUGGGACCUGAGAAGCGGAGGGCGCUGGAGAAACCGGAGACUGCAUCUCCUACAGAACAAGCAGCCACUCUUGCAAACUACCCUCAUGACAACGACGCGUCCCUCGAUGCAUACUGGGAACUAACGAAGCAGUUAGGCUCCAAAGGCGGUGCAGACAUAAAGGAAACAGAGCUUUGCCUGAAAAGCCACUUCCUAAACAAGCCCGCACAGCGAGUGCUAGGGGUUGCCAAGCACCUGUGCGGGGGUGGCACUGACGUUGCUCUUCGGUGCUUUGUUCGAUGCCGAAGGGCCUUCUUCACUCGGGACAGCGGCAUGCAACGUGAAGAUGCUGGCGCGUCAGGUUCAAAAUCUACUGGAGUUUCGUCCGAGGUUUCGCUCUGCCUUUGUAUUGCCCCGUGUUGUCACCACAGGUGCGACGAACAGUCGUUUGUCGGGCUCGAAGUUUUGAGAAGACUAGGCUUCGCUGACAAUGAAUUCGCACGCCUUGCAGCCGCAACGGGCUGGGCGACGGGCGCAUGUGGGGACAAACAACGCACUGGAAGCCUAAUUAAGAGGCUGUUUGAUCUUUGCCGGCUCAUAUGGCUACGAGAAGAGGGCUUCCAGUCGGCCACUAUCCGGAAAUUUGCUUCAAGCUCGUGUUCUCCUGAGAACUUCGUCAUUCUGGCGUCUGCGACCACAUAACUUGAGCGAACUCGCAAUUCAGAAAAUACACGAAAAAGCCGCGUGAUGCAUUUUCGCGUGUUUUCAAGACGGCUAACGGGCACGAUCACUGCGUGAGUAAGCUUUUUGUGGAUAUAGAAUAUGCGUUUGUGCACUUUGGGUCAGUUGUUGUUCUGGUCGAUCACUAUUACGUUGCUCAAAAACUGGUGGGCUUAACGGAGAGCCACCACCAUAGCAGAAAAGACACAAUUAGUCUGCCCUUUCGCCGAGCUACCGAAAGGAAAGAGUCUCAACAAUUGGCUCGCAGGAGGGAACCUGCUUGAUACGCGGGGAACAGGGAACUACAGACCGAGCAUUAAGAUGCAAGUCAAGUUUUCGGCACAGUGGAGUGGUUCUUUUUGUGGAUACGCAUGCCUCACGACUACCAAAAUUAAUGCCUGGAAGAGAACCGAAGCUACAGAGAAAAGUCCAUCCACUAUGUUGCCUUCUUUUACAUGGGCC